AAGGAGAAAAGAAAAAGAUGGAAAUAAAAGGAAGAGAGGAGGAGGAGGAGGAAUAGCCGAGAAGCCACCACCGCCACCGGAGGAGGAGCUCUAUUUAUGCCCUCGCGGCGGCGCCUCCUCUCCCCGCACCCCCCCGCCUCGCCGCUCGCCACCGCGCCCCAGAGGCUGGGAACUUCGAGGAGGAGCAGGAUCCAUGGAGGGUGGAGGCGCAAGAAAUGGCUCGACGACCGGGGCGGCGCGGACAGGGGGGAGUGGGGGUGAUGCUGCUGCUGGUGGUGGUGGUGGCUCCGCCGGGAACGGGAAGCCGCUGCCCCCUUGCUGCGUCAAGGCCAGGGCGGCGGCGCCUGAAUCCGAGGCCAAGUGCCACGCCACCGUGGUGUCCGGAUGGUUCACCGAGCCCCGCUCGCGCGGCGGUAAAACGAGCAAAGUGCAGUAUUACAAUAACCCGAUGUGGCCAGGAGAGGCCCAUUCACUGAAAGUUGAGAAGAUCUUGUAUCAGGGGAAGUCACCAUACCAAGAAGUUUUAGUUUUUGAGUCCUCAACCUAUGGAAAAGUUCUUGUCCUUGAUGGUAUUGUCCAGUUGACUGAUAAGGAUGAAUGUGCGUACCAGGAAAUGAUUACUCACCUUCCGCUUUGCUCAAUUCCAUCCCCAAAGAAAGUUUUGGUUAUUGGAGGUGGUGAUGGUGGAGUCCUUCGGGAGAUAUGUAGACAUGGUUCUGUGGAGUCAAUUGAUAUAUGUGAAAUUGAUCAGCUAGUUAUUGAUGUUUGUAAAGAUUUCUUCCCAGAUUUAUCUGUUGGAUUCAAAGAUCCUCGUGUUCGGCUUCAUGUUGGUGAUGCUGUGGAGUUCUUAAGGAAUGCUCCUGAAGGGACAUAUGAUGCUAUUAUUGUCGAUUCAUCAGACCCGAUUGGGCCUGCCCAGGAACUUGUGGAGAAGCCAUUUUUUGACACAAUCGCAAGAGCUUUGAGGCCUGGUGGUGUUCUUUGUAAUCAGGCUGAGAGCAUGUGGUUGCAUACGCAUCUUAUCCAGGACAUGCUUUCGAUCUGCCGUGAGACAUUCAAGGGUUCUGUCCACUAUGCCUGGACGAGUGUCCCGACAUAUCCCAGUGGUGUGAUUGGGUUUCUGCUAUGUGCCAAAGAAGGUCCACCAGUCAACUUCCUGACUCCUGCAAAUCCAAUUGAAAAACUAGAAGGAGCUAUGGAAGCAGGAAGGGAUAUUAGAUUUUAUAAUUCAGAGAUGCAUAGAGCCGCAUUUGUUCUCCCAACCUUUGCAAGGAGAGAGCUAGAGGCGUAUUGUACUACCGUUGAAAGGGAACAACAAGAAGAAACAACGGCCGAGCCUCUGAAGAUGAACAUUAUGCCGAACAGUGAAAUUCUUACUGCUUCCUAGAUCAGGGUUUUUGCCUGCUCACAUCAUUGGAUAAUCAAGAAACCAUUCCUUCACCUUACAGCGUUGGACUUGACCUAGUAUUGUAUUAUUAUUAAAUACAGUAGCAUGUAGCGAUUGCAUUAAGCAGUGGACUGCAUUACGACCAACGCAUCACCGAGGCUUACGGCUUGUAAUCCAUAUUGUAGACUGUUGAAAUGAGUGAGGCUUAAUAAUAAAAAAGGAGAGAUGAGGAUCUGACAGGAUUGUGACACGUAUUAUAACCUUAUAUGUAACAUAAUCAAUUUGCUGCUUGUUGUUACAGCUUUGUUUAA